AUGGGUAAUCCUCCUGCGUCCCGAGUAGCAGCCUGUACCUACGGCAGCAGCUCAAACGUGAGUCUCGCUCCAGGACUUCGGCAAAUGACUGUCAGGGGAGGAAGCUGCUAUGGGCUUCUGGGGCCGCCCUUGCUGGGUCGUCCUGGGACCCAGCUGGGUGGAACCAGAGGGUCUGGCACGUCGCUGGGAAACCGGAGACACUUCUCUGUCAUGAUUAUCUUUCUUUUAAAGGAUAUCAACCAGAAGCUGCAAGAAGAUAACCAAGAACUGAGAGACCUUUGCUGCUUUCUGGAUGAUGACAGGCAGAAAGGCAAGAAGGUGUCCCGUGAAUGGCAGAGACUGGGCAGAUACAGUGCUAGUAUUAUGCACAAAGAGGUUGCCUUAUACUUACAGAAGCUGAAAGAACUGGAAGUGAGGCAGGAAGAAGUGGUUAAGGAAAACCUGGAGCUGAGAGAAUUGUGUGUGUUGCUGGAUGAAGAGAAAGGUGGUGGAGCAGGCAGCCGGAGCUCUAUCGACAGUCAAAUCAGCCUGUGCCAGUUAACUGCAACGAGUACUUAUGUAAGAGAUGGCGGUGAUGGGAGUAGUACUUCUAGCACGGGAAGUACAGACAGUCCAGACCAUCAUAAGCAUCAUCCAAGUACUAGUCCAGAACACCUUCAAAAAACACGGGGCGAAGGAAGCCCUGAGCAUCAGAAACACAGGAGUAUCAGCCCAGAGCACCUCCAGAAGCCUAGGAGUUCUGGCAGUCCUGAUCAUCACCUGAAAGGACCAAGUCCGGAACACCACAAAACCAUUGUCAAAGCACCAGAACAGCAAAAGCACAGCAGCAGCAGUCCAGAAACUAUCCCAAAGCAUGUUUUGAGUAGUAGCCCUGAGCACUUUCAAAAACAGAGGCCUGGUAGUAGCCCUGAGCAUCAAAAGCACAGCAGUGGCAGUCCAGACCAUCUUCAAAAGCACACACCGAGUGGAAGUACAGAACAUCUCCACAAAGUGAGGGGUACGAGCCCUGAGCAUCUCAAACAACACUAUGGAGGAAGCCCAGAGCAUCUCAAACAUCUCAGCGGAGGCAGCAGAGAAGGUACCCUCAGGAGACAAGUAACAGAUGACCUGUCACCUCACCACAGAAGUAUAUACAAUGGAAUGAAUGAAUCAACCUUGUCCUAUGUUAGGCAGCUGGAGGCAAGAGUAAGACAGCUGGAGGAGGAAAAUCGCAUGCUGCCCCAGGACCCCAUUAGGAUGCCAGGAGGGGCGGAGGGGAGUUACUGCUCUGCAAACGAGCCAGCUAGCAUCACUGGACAUGGCUCAGCCUCUCAGCAGUCUGACUCAGUGGUAAAUGCUCUGAAGGUUGUGUGGAGGAAACUUGGAGAUGCUGCAGGGUCGUGCCCUGGAAUUAGACAACAUUUGUCAGGAAAUCAAUAUAAAGGACCUAUGUAA